GCAGCCCAGGGCACAGACCUGUGGGCCCCAUGGCUGGGAAGGUGGCAGAGGAGAGAGGGCUGCCGAAAGGGACCACUGCCCAGGAUGCCUCGGGCCUCCAGGAUAGAUUGUUCUCCUCUGAAACUGACAACAGCCUGUACUUCACCUACAGUGGCCAGCCCAACACCCUGGAGGUCAGAGACCUCAACUACCAGGUGGACCUGGCUUCUCAGGUCCCUUGGUUUGAGCACCUGGCUCAGUUCAAGAUGCCCUGGACAUCUCCCAGCCACCGGAAUUCUUGUGAGCUAGGCAUCCAGAACCUAAGCUUCAAAGUGAGAAGUGGGCAGAUGCUGGCCAUCAUAGGGAGCUCAGGUUGUGGGAGAGCCUCGUUGCUAGACGUGAUCACCAGCCGAGGUCACGGUGGCAAGAUCAAGUCAGGCCAGAUCUGGAUCAAUGGGCAGCCCAGCUCGCCUCAGCUAGUGAGGAAGUGCGUGGCCCACGUGCGCCAGCACGACCAGCUGCUCCCCAACUUGACUGUGCGAGAGACCCUGGCCUUCAUUGCCCAGAUGCGGCUGCCCAGAACUUUCUCCCAGGCCCAGCGUGACAAAAGGGUGGAGGAUGUGAUCGCGGAGCUGCGGCUUCGGCAGUGCGCUGACACCCGCGUGGGCAACACGUAUGUGCGAGGGGUGUCGGGGGGCGAGCGCAGGAGAGUCAGCAUUGGGGUGCAGCUCCUGUGGAACCCAGGAAUCCUCAUUCUCGACGAACCCACCUCUGGGCUCGACAGCUUCACUGCACACAACCUGGUGAAGACGUUGUCCAGACUGGCCAAAGGCAACCGGCUGGUGCUCAUCUCCCUCCACCAGCCUCGCUCCGACAUCUUCAGGCUGUUUGAUCUGGUCCUUCUGAUGACGUCUGGCACCCCCAUCUACUUAGGGGCAGCCCAGCACAUGGUCCAGUAUUUCACAGCCAUUGGCUACCCCUGUCCUCGCUACAGCAACCCGGCUGACUUCUAUGUGGACCUGACCAGCAUUGACAGGCGCAGCAGAGAGCGGGAAGUGGCCACCAGGGAGAAGGCUCAGUCACUUGCAGCCCUGUUUCUAGAAAAAGUGCGUGACUUAGAUGACUUUCUGUGGAAAGCAGAGACGAAGGAUCUUGAUGAGGACACCUGUGUGGAAAGCCUGACCCCACUAGACACCAACUGCCUCCCGAGUCCUACAAAGAUGCCUGGGGCGGUGCAGCAGUUUACCACACUGAUCCGUCGUCAGAUUUCCAACGACUUCCGAGACCUGCCCACCCUCCUCAUUCACGGGGCAGAGGCCUGUCUGAUGUCACUGACCAUCGGUUUCCUCUAUUUUGGCCACGGGAGCAUCCAGCUCUCCUUCAUGGAUACAGCCGCCCUCUUGUUCAUGAUCGGCGCCCUCAUCCCUUUCAAUGUCAUUCUGGAUGUCAUCUCCAAAUGUUACUCGGAGAGGGCAAUGCUUUACUAUGAACUGGAAGACGGGCUGUACACCACUAGUCCAUAUUUCUUUGCCAAGAUCCUCGGUGAGCUUCCGGAGCACUGUGCCUACAUCAUCAUCUAUGGGAUGCCCACCUACUGGCUGGCCAACCUGAGGCCGGGCCUCCAGCCCUUCCUGCUGCACUUCCUGCUGGUGUGGCUGGUGGUCUUCUGUUGCAGGAUUAUGGCCCUGGCCACUGCGGCCCUGCUUCCCACCUUCCACAUGGCCUCCUUCCUCAGCAACGCCCUCUACAACUCCUGCUACCUCACCGGGGGCUUCAUGAUAAACUUGAGCAGCCUGUGGACAGUGCCCGCGUGGAUUUCCAAAGUGUCCUUCCUGCGGUGGUGUUUUGAAGGGCUGAUGAAGAUUCAGUUCAGCGGAAGAAAUUUUAAAACGCUUCUCGGGAACUUCACCAUCGCGGUCUCCGGAGAUAAAAUCCUCAGUGCCAUGGAGCUGAACUCGUACCCUCUCUAUGCCAUCUACCUCAUCGUCAUUGGCCUCAGCGGUGGCUUCAUGGUCCUGUACUACGUGUCCUUAAGGUUCAUCAAACAGAAACCAAGUCAAGACUGGUGAUUCACACCAGGCGCCUGCCCGCUGGUGGGGGACCUGAGCAGACUCUUCAACUGUACUCCCUCCUCAGGACCCCCUUCCUGGGGACCGUGAAGACAAUGACCCUACAGAUGCUCAGCUACAUCCGGCCCACGGUGCUGCAGUGGCACAGACCAGCCACAGGAUGGCAGUAGAAUAAAGACAGUCGAAAGGGAUUUCUGCUCACUGGCAGGAGACUGCGAUGACUGGGAGUGAGAAAACCUGCACUCGGUGGCACCUACAACGUUGCUAAUUUAUUUCCUUUUGAUAUGCAUUUAUAUAGGCAACUUGAUAUAGGAUGGGAGCAAACUAGGAAUGAAUUGAGUAGCUAAACUGUGCAGGAAUUGUUGGAACCCGGAGGGAACAGUAACAGUAGCUAGCAGAUUUGGCUUCAUCUUCCAGGGGCCCCACACUCUGUGGUGAGCCACUAUCAAUACAGAAAGUGACCUAAGAUGUACCAGCAAGAUGCCAUCCCUUCUUUUUGUGUGGGGUCAUGGGCUCCAAAAGCCAACGUGAACAAUUAAAAAUUUAUUGAGCAUCUACUCUGUGGCAGGUCCUUGCAAAAACACUUUAGGUGGACAAUCCUUUGAGGUAAGUGGUAUCCCAUUUUAUAGGUGUGAAAACUGAAGCAAAAAUUCAUUUUCCCAAGGGCACAUGGAUACUUUGUGGUGGAGUCAUG